AUGACACAUUAUGGGGCACCAUCUUAGUCCUAGUCUACUCUAAUAUUUGACGAAUCAAAGGAAAUUAAGUCUAAAACCAACUUGGCAAAUGAUAAACUCUUCCUUAAAAAUGUUUCACUAAGGAACAUGAGAUAAAUGUAUAAUCCAGCAGGGAAGAAAAGUAUCGGAAGUUCCUAAAGCUUCAUUAACUCAGCAAUAUUCAAUUAAAAGCCUAUGAAUUCUAUUAAAACAUAUGAUUCUCCAGCCAAUGCGAUGAUUACUGUUCCAGGACCUUAAAGUCUAGAGCGUUAAAUUGAUCCAAAUGAUCCUUUUGAUCUAAUGAUCCACAGAAAUGAAUCAGUUGUCUAAGUUAUUAAAAGACAAAAGAAAAAGAAAGACAACAAUGAGGAAUCAACUCCUUCAAAUAUGGCUAAUUUAUAGCUUUAACAUUAGAUGCUUCAAAAACAAUUGAAAUCUAUUUCACCAAUGAAAGCUUUAGCUAAUUCAAAUACUAACCUUAACAGUUAAAAGAAUUUAUUGCAGAAAUAUAGUGGGCAAGCUGAAAAGAUCAGUCAGAGACAGAAGAAAAUGGCUGGAAUACUUAAUAAGAACAGCAGUUAGUAAUUUUUGUUAAACAACAACUCUGUGCAAAACUUGAGUCAGCAAAUGCAAUAAAUAGGGCCACAAAAUUUUACAAACUAUUAGACUUAAUACGCAUUUGCACCAAAAUAGAGUUUUUCGUAGCAGAACAAUCCUAAGAAUCAGAAAGUUCUGUCAAAAAGAUAAAGCUAAGGAAUUCAAAAAUCUUAAUCAGGAGUCUCAUUGGUAUAAUCUAGUGAUAGAAAUCAUAAAAAGAAAAAUCUAAACAUAGGGGAUCAUUAUGAGAAUUUUUACACAUAGAUAAGAUUAAGAUCAGGAUCCAGCGAUUAGCUCACAAUGAAUAAUUCUAAAGAGGCAGAUGAUAUAAGUACUGGAUCUCGUUUCGAAAAAAUGGAACCAAUCGGAGAAAAAAAUAGCCAUAACAUAGGCAAAGUCCAAAGGAAAAAAUCAAUGAACGAUAAGAAAUAGGUUGUUUAAAAUAUCUAAAACAAUAUUAAUCUUUCAUUUGCAGGUGCUUUUUAAACUUAGACUUAAAUAAUUGACCCAUUAGUGUAAUAAGUUAAAACCCUAGAUUAUGAAUAAUAAAAAAAGAUUAGUCUUACUCAAGAAGAACCUGUCGCUAUAUAUCUUGAUUCCUUAAAAGAAGUUUCAAAUCUUAUCAAAUCUCAAUCAUAAUCUGCUUAUGAGCUGUUGAUAAAAGUUUAAAUAAGUUUAAAGGAAUGCUUUAACAAGCAAAAGCAAUAAAUGAAAGAUGAAAUGAAUUAAUACUAAAAAGUUAUUGAGGAGUUAUAGGAAUAGCUUUAGCUUGAGCAAUCAAAAAAUGCUACAUUUAAUCUGGAAGUAUCUUAACUCAAGAAAAAGAAUAAGCUGUUGGAGCAGACUCUAGCUAAAAAAGAUCAAGGCCUUCUGAAUCUCUAAUAGCAAAUUGAAGAUUAGCAGAAAUAAAGUAGAUAAUUUUUAGGAAAAUAUGAUGAAAACAAAAUUCUUGAAGAAAUAAAAGUAUUAGUUGGAGAGAAUCAAGAGCUAAAAUCUGCUGUGAGAGAAAUCAAAUCUGAACUUGACUAUGGAAAGUAAAGAGAGAAUAAGCUGAUGUAUUUUUUAUUCGUAUUGCAAAGGAAAGGCAUACCAAUCUACGAGAUAUUUGAUUUAAAUAUAAAGGAUCUACCAACGACUAGGUUUUCACCUGAUUUGGAUGAUUAGUACAAGAAAAUAUAUUUCGAAUAGUUAAGGAAAUUCAUAUAUCAGAGAAGAAUUAUCAAUCAGAUGCCUUUUCCAUUUUAGAUGGAAAGGAUGAAUCAAAGUGUUCCUGCUAAGAGGAUUAAGUGGUUUGAACAAGACAAAAACGGCCAGUUCGAAAGUAGUAGUAUUAACGAUAUUAGCUAAAACUUGAGUGACAGUUAUUAUCCAAUUUGUAGUGGACCUGUUAUAAUUCCUACUAAACCUAAAGCUAUACCCUCAUUAGAUUUGAAAUUGGUGGAAUAAGUAUAGUAACAAAGACUUAAGCAAUAAAUGGAACAAGAAAUUAUGAAAAUGAAACAAUAGUAAUAAGAUGCGGACGACAGCUAAGAUGAUGAUGAAUUUGGCGAGGAUGAUGAUAAUGAGCAAGAAAUUUCAAUAGGAGUUAGAUCUACUACAAGGAUUCAAUAGAUUUUAAGGAAAUCAAAGUAUUAACCUUUAGAAGGGAUGCCUGUAAAUAAGGAUAAGAGAAACAGUAAAAAACAUUAGGAAAUGCAGGUUAAUAUACUUCGAUAACGCCAAAAUUAAAUUCUCUAGACUAGUUCGCAAUAAGACUAAACAGAGGAUGACCAAUAUUAUGAUGAAGAUGAGUCUGAUCUAAAGAAAUACGAAUAGUAGAUGGAAGUACAUAUAAAUAUUGGGGGAAAAUAGCAUUAUUACAAAUGA